AUGGGCAAGAGCAGCAAGGACAAGAGGGACCUGUACUACCGCAAGGCCAAGGAGCAAGGCUACAGAGCCAGGUCUGCCUUCAAACUGCUGCAGCUGAACGAUGAGUUCCAUUUUCUAGACGAUCCCAGCCUGAAGCGCGUGGUAGACCUCUGUGCGGCGCCGGGAUCCUGGUCGCAAGUGCUCUCCAGGAAACUGUUCCAAGACGAACGCGCCACCGCAGACCGCAAGAUCGUCGCCGUCGAUCUGCAGACCAUGUCGCCGAUAGACCACGUGACCACACUCCAGGCAGACAUCACGCAUCCGCGGACGCUGGCGCGGAUUCUGGAGCUGUUUGGCGACCAGAAGGCCGACUUUGUGUGCAGCGACGGCGCGCCCGACGUCACAGGGCUCCACGACCUCGACGAGUACGUGCAGCAGCAACUGAUCAUGAGCGCGCUCCAGCUGGCAGCGUGUAUUCUGAAACCAGGCGGAACCUUCGUCGCCAAGAUCUUCCGCGGCAGAGACAUCGACAUGCUCUACUCCCAGAUGGGGUACCUCUUCGACCGCGUCACCUGCGCCAAACCGCGCUCUUCGCGCGGCACCUCGCUCGAAGCAUUCAUAGUAUGCCAGCAGUACAACCCGCCCAGCGGCUGGCAGCCGCGCCUCGACCUCGACCAGUCCGUGCAGGAGUUCUUCCAAGGCUGCUUCCGCGGGUCAGACAGCCCGGACGUGGGGCCCUGGCAUGAAACGCCGCGGGACAUCGCCCCCUUCAUGGCGUGCGGCUCGCUUGACAGCUUCGACUCGGACGCUACCUAUCACGGACAGGAUCUGCAGGGCGAUAGCGACGUGCCGCGUCGGUCAUUAGACCCCGUGCAGCAGCCCACUAACCCGCCGUACAAACAGGCGCUCGAGCUGAAACGGAAGGGGAAGCUGACAAGAGCCGUGUAA